CAGCCUCCGUGUAUUAUAUGUACUUUUUUGGCGGGAUCCUUUUGUGCCAGACCCACGAGCGGAGCGACGAUGAACCCGGGCGACAUAUACCAGCCACCAGGCGGCUACAGCCCCGCCCGCCAGAACCAGCGUCCCCCGCAGCCGCAGCCUUUCCCGCAGCAACCGUAUCCUCCACCGCCUGCAGUCCAAUAUGGCGAUCCCUUCAGCGCCCCCCCACAGCGGCCGCCUGCUGCUUCCCUCCAGAACAUGUCCCCCGCGUGGCACGAGCCCCCCCACGCGUCUCACCCUCUCCAGCCGACGUCGCCGACCGGCCCUCCAGCUCCCCGGUACUCGCUUCCGACGCAGUCAUUGUCCCCCUUCAACGGCUCCCCGGCGUCUGCGCCCGCCCCAGCACCAUAUACGAUGGGCUCACCGCCCAAUUCUCAUCCGCCUAUGCAUGCAUCUCCGCCCCAGCACAUUCGUUUCCACGCGAACCCGUCACAUCUUCCGCCCCAGCAACAGCCUGCCCCGUCAUACUCGUAUCCAAACGGCAUUGAUGACCGUCUCACCUCGCCGCCUCCUUUGUUGCCCCACCAUUCAUCCCAGUCGUCCAUGUCUGCCAUGCCCGCUCCAGUCCCAGAUAACAUCAACUACGGCCCCCCGUCUUAUCCUCCUCAAGGGUAUGGCAACGCCGCAGACGACGAUAUGAAUGACUCCCGCCCUCUUCUUGCACACGCGGCGCCUGAUUCUCGGUUUGGUAUUCCUCAGUCAACAAGCGCAAUGUCCAUGACAGCUCCGGCCGUACGAUAUCAAUUGAGCGAUGCAGGUGCUGGAGAUAUGGGCGUCACGAUGUACACGGGGAACGGUGAUGCUGAAGGGCAGAAUGGGUUUGGAACUGGUGACGGCGUAGGUGCGGGCGGUGAGGACGAGGUCAAUAUGCACUAUGGACCCGUUCCAGCGAGGAUCGUCAGGCGAAAUAGGACGCAAAAACGCGUCCAACUCUUCCAGGGCCAUCUCGUACUUGAUAUCGAAGUCCCUACAAUGCUGCUCGAGCAGUGUCCAAUUCGCCAGGGAAACGAAUUCACCAAACUGAGAUAUACAGCGGUUACCUGUGACCCAAAUGACUUUGUUGAGGACAUGUAUACUCUCAGACAACGAUUAUACGAUCCACCCCGACAAACGGAGCUUUUCAUUGUCAUUACAAUGUAUAAUGAGGACGAUAUUUUGUUUUGUCGAACAAUGCGAGGCGUGAUGCAGAAUAUUGCUCAUCUUUGUACGAGGUCAAAAAGUAAGACCUGGGGAGUGAACGGCUGGAAAAAGGUGGUGGUGUGCAUCGUUGCAGAUGGUCGAAAAAAGAUCAACCCCCGAACUCGAUCUGUCCUCGCCGCGCUCGGUGUAUACCAAGAAGGUGUAGGUAAGAACAUGGUCAAUGGAAAGCCUGUCACAGCACACGUAUACGAGUAUACUACACAAUUGUCGAUAAACUCUAGUGGAAAGAUUGGGCCUGCCGGUUCAAAUACGGUGCCAAUCCAAAUGUUGUUCUGCCUCAAGGAGAAGAAUCAGAAGAAGAUCAACAGUCAUCGAUGGUUCUUCAACGCUUUUGGUGCUUGCCUUCGGCCAAACGUUUGCGUCCUUCUUGACGUCGGUACGCAACCUGGACCCGAUUCGAUCUAUCAUCUUUGGAAGGCAUUUGAUAUUAAUUCGAGUGUUGGGGGUGCUUGUGGUGAGAUUGUUGCGUUGAAGGGAAUGUUCUGGAAAAAUCUACUGAACCCUUUAGUGGCAGCGCAAAACUUUGAGUACAAGAUGAGUAACAUUUUGGAUAAACCUCUCGAGUCGGUUUUUGGAUAUAUCACCGUCUUGCCGGGCGCUUUUUCCGCGUAUCGAUAUAUCGCACUACUCAACGACGAGAAAGGAAACGGUCCCCUAAAGCAGUAUUUUGUUGGAGAGACGAUGCAUGGUUCUGGUGCCGGUAUCUUCUCGUCCAAUAUGUAUCUCGCCGAAGAUCGUAUCCUUUGUUGGGAGCUUGUGAGCAAGAGACAAUGUAAAUGGAAGCUGCAUUAUGUCAAGUCGGCCUAUGCUAUUACAGACGUGCCGGACACGGUUGCUGAGCUGGUUUCUCAAAGACGAAGAUGGCUUAAUGGGUCUUUCUUUGCGGCCAUUCAUUCUAUCGUCCAUUUCGGCUAUCUUUAUCGAUCUUCCCAUUCAUUUACUCGGAAAUUCUUCCUGCACAUAGAGCUGGUCUAUCAAACAUUGAACAUGGUUUUCGCCUGGUUCGCUUUAGGGAAUUAUUUCAUUGCUUUCUUUGUUCUUACCGAAUCUCUCAACUCCCUCGGCACUGCUUGGAAAUACGUCAACACGCCCUUGCAUUAUAUCUAUAUUGCGCUUUUGCUAUGGUGUUUCCUAUUAAGUUUGGGUAACAGGCCUGCUGGUUCUAAAAUUGGCUACACUUCAAGUAUGGUCGGAUUCGCUUUGAUCACAAUAUAUAUGCUCUUUGCUGCCAUUUAUUUGACGGUAAAAGGUGUAGAAGACAUCCAGGCGGCAGGCGAGGUAACAGCGAGCACUGUACUUGGGAACAAAAUCUUUAGGAAUAUCGUAAUAUCGUUGUUGGCGACAUAUGGUCUGUAUAUUAUCAGUUCGCUAAUGGCUCUUGAACCCUGGCAUAUGAUUACUUCUUUCUUUCAAUAUCUUUUACUCGCCCCGUCGUACAUUAACGUACUCAACGUAUAUGCGUUUUGCAACGUGCACGAUGUGUCUUGGGGUACUAAAGGAUCCGACAAAGUUUCUGACGAUCUUGGUGCCGUCAAGUCCUCAGACGACAACAAAGACGAAGUCACUGUUGAUGUACCGAUUGAACAAAAGGAUAUCAAUGCUGUAUACGCGGCAGAGUUGCAAAUAUUGGGAAACAAGGCUCCGAAAGAGGUGCGGGUGGUUAACGAUGAUCAGAAACAAGAGGAUUAUUAUAAAAACGUUAGGACGAAUGUGUUGCUGGCUUGGACAAUGACCAACGGGGCUUUGGUGGCUGCGAUCUUGCAAGUUAGCGGUGGUGAUAGUGCAGUAGCGACGACGUAUAUGGGUGUCUUGUUGUACACUGUAGCUGGUCUUGCCUUCUUCCGAUUCCUUGGAUCUUCAGCAUAUCUUCUCGUUCGUCUGUUCGUGGGAGAGUAGGGGAUAAUGAAAUUUGAUACAUGCUCUUGACUUGCAUAUAAUUUCACGUUACAAUUGUACGUCUGUUUGAGAGGAGGCGAUGAUGUUAUGGUGUGUAUAAUGGGAUGACAUGUAUCGGUCCUUGGAUGUUUGAUGGUAUUACUGCACUAGACUGUCCGCGAUAUUCGAGACGCAUCAUGCUCACAUACAUGCUUCAGAUCACCGUCGAUUUGUCAUUCAGUGCUAAAAUAUUUCUUCCCCCCUCAAAAGUUCCAUACGCCUCUCGGCCAGUCCUUCUUGCCAUCAUUCUUUGCGACCUUCAAAGAUGGAACUGAAUUCAUUAUAACCAAAAGAGGGAACGCUUACUCGGUAUCUGGGGAAUGUUCACUGUCAGGGCAAGGAAAAAAGAACGAAGAGGGGAUGACGGAAGGAGUCAGUGUCGGAGGAAAAUCAGUAUCGUCGUCGAUGUUUAAAGAACCGGACCGUACAUGAAAGGACGGGGAGGAAGAGCGAGAGUAAGACCGAUGGGAAGAGGGGCGGAAAAUGGGACGAUAUGUUACUGCAGCGUCCAACAGCAUUGCAGCAACUUCCCCUCUGCCUUCCCAAUUUAGCUCACUAGCCAUCUCCACCGCUUCCGGCGGGUGUGCUGCGACGGCCUUUCUUACCCGUCUUGUAUCCCGAUCUUCAAUGUCUCCUAAGACAAUCUUCUCUUCGCGUAAAUAGAGUAAGUGGGUGAUAAGUCUUGCGAUCUCGUCAUCCUGCUCUUGAGUACAGGUUUCGGCGGGAGGAGGAAAUGGGGUAAUGGAGGCCUCAGAGUUGGGAGUAAUUUGACUUUCGUUUGUUGUUUCCCUCAAUUCGUCCAUAGGAUUACGAGUGGCCUCAGCCUCCCACUCAGCUUUUAAUCUCUCGCUUUCCUCAUUCAAUCGGGACUCAGUCUCCCUCUUCAUCUUCUUAUCCGCCUUUUUUCUCUCCCUCUUUUUCCUCCUCCGUUCCACCUUCUUCACCAUCUUAUGUACUUCAUCCCUAUUCGCUACGGGUGCAAUGUCAAUGGGGUCGAGGUAGGAAUAUAUGGCGGUCGAGUCUUUACGGACUGCGCAAAAGAAUUCUCGACUAUAAACAUGAAUAUGAAUUAGAUCGACUCCUUCUUUCCACUUAUACCCUAUCCCACUCUCGGCUGGCAUCCUUUUUUUUUUGUGAAUCAGCAUCGGCCAAAAAUUCGUGUGCCAAGCAGGACAGCCUUUGAAAAGGGGAAAAAACACAUCUUCCAUGAUUGCGGCCAUCCCUCUCCGGAAUCUCCGUUCAUGUUCUUGGUCCAGGACCCAUUUAUGUUCCAGUAGUCGCUCACGAUAGCAUGAGGGACGGCGGAGGUAGAAUGGAAUGACGGAAAGGUUGCGGAUCAAUAUGGAAUGGACGAUGAGAAGGGGACAGGCGACCGAAUUCUGGUCGAGGAGGCGAAGGGACGACAAACAUGCGAUACUUUGCUAGACAGCCUAUCGUUCGGAAUCAGGGCGUCAGUCGCGGUACUUUUUUGCUCUCAUUUUUAACUCACCUCGUCUUUUGGGAUCAAGCAAAGUUACUCUAAGAUCGCCUACCUGCUCAUUCCAGAGCUUGAAUCGCCUCACGCGUGCCGUGGGCCGCUCAUCAAUCUCUGCAGCGGGAGGGGGAAGCUUGCUACCUGCCAGUUGGGGAGGUCGGGGUUCUCGAGUGAGACUACGAGGGAAGAGAUUGGAAGAGAAUAGUUUGGAGGAGAGCGAGGCCAUUUCGGAGAGGGAGAGAGGCUGUAACGGGGGUUUCUUGAAAGGCAUUUUACAUCACUGAUUUACUCUUGGUUACUGAUCGCGAAAAGCGGAUUUUUGCAAGUUAAAAGGCGGAAAAAGUUGUGCAAGCUGGCAAUGAAGACCGCUGGUUGUCAAGUGGCGAAGAUUUUGGGGGUGAGGCUGAGGCUGAGGACGGGGAUGGGGAUGGGGUGCUCUGAUUGACGCGUGGUGAUGUAUAGGGAUAAAUGCAAGAGGGUUAUGGUGGUGGGAAUGGUGGCCUGGAAAAAUAUCAAGGUUAAACACCUUGAACUGAGAGGUGCCGGUCGAGGCUCAAAUCCAGCAGAACUCCGUUGCCUACGUUCUGACCUGAAUAAAAGACAGGUCUCGAACCACGCCAGAAACAGGAGAAGUAGAUGUUCAAAGGAAGGGACGUACAGAGGAGGAAGACCGGACGAAGGAAGG